AUGUGGCACUACCCACCUGGUAUUAACAUUCUACUACGAUUACCAGUCACUGAGAAUGAAACAGGGCAAUUAUCAUAUUUUGGAUCAGUAUUGGUAGAGCAGUUAGCAACAUUUUUAGCCAAUUGGAGGCAUGAAAUGGAUGCCAACUCGAACACUCGAACGACGCCAGAGCCAUACAUACACAGUUUCGUCGAUUCUUUUCAAACCUGUACAACCAUAACGAUAAUUUUCGACCCUGAUCCCGAGUGCCAAGGGCAUAGAAUGUACCAAGAGGCUCUGAGAAGCCAGACUUUAUUACUUCACAAUGCCCUUAUCGAGAAGAACUAUCCUUAUGCUUCCUUCUUGAUGGACAUCGACAGCGAGAACGUAGUGCAAAGACAAGGCCCAAGCGGCAACAGUUCCUUGCAUAAUUUUAUCCCCGAAUCAUGUCGAAAUGCUUGUGAUGGCUGUAUACACAUGGUUGAGCGCCUCGUCAAGCUCGGCAGCGCCGGACUCGCAUAUCAAUGCAAUCACCUAGGCUAUUUACCGGUCUACAUUGCAAUACACAGGAACAUUUCUUCAUCAGUCUUGCAAGCUAUUGUAAGAAUUUCAAAGGGCAAAAAUCACAAAGAUACAUGGGGAAUAGCUCCAUUACAUUAUGUACAGAGUAAGGAAACUUUGGAAACCCUCCUACAGAACAAGGAUGUCAACCUUCUCUGCAGAAACAGGGAAGGUCAAACAUUCUUUGCAAGAUUUUGCGAAAAUGAGGUGGACUUUAACGAAGACCUAAUGCAACUAUUUCUGGACAGAAACAUGAGACUCACAUGGACAGCAGACGAACCCUCACGUGCGGCUAAGUUCCUACUCAACCUUCCGGAGGUCGAACAAGUCCUCCAAGCCUAUUCAACCAGUCCUGUCGAAGGUUGUAAGUUGGUAAGGACUUUUGCGCUGGAUGAGGGUUUAGAGCAUGCGUUGGAAGUCAUGGACCGGGUUGGGUUUGGCCAGCCUGCCAGACGUUGA